GUCCAUGACUAAGGCAUGUCGAACACGUUCCACAUCGAAGGAAAUGCAAGAUGGCGCCGCCGCUCAGCCUCCCUCCGCCCCACCACUCCCUCCCCCACCUCCUCCGCCACCGCCUUCCGCUGCGCCGCCUCGUCGCGGCCCACGCUCUCGCCGCCGUCGCCGGCCACCUGUCGCUCCCGGAUCCGCGCCCCCAUACCAUCCUCAUCGUCGCCUACUCCCGCCUCGAGCGCCCUUUCCCCGCCGUGCUCCUCCUCUUCCGCUCCUGCCUCCGCCGCUCCCUCGCGCCCACCCGCCACUCCCUCCCGCUCGCCAUCUCUGCCGCCGCCUCCGCGGGCCUCCGCCACCUCCCGCUCGCGCUCUCCCUCCACGCCGUCGCAGUUUACCGCAACCUCCUCCCGUUCCAGCAUGUGGCCAACGCGCUCGUCUCCCUGUACGCCAGGCACACGCGCCUGGGCGACGCGCGCAGGGUGUUCGAGGAAAUGCCCUCCGCCCCUGACGUCGUCUCGUACAACACGCUGAUGCACGCUUACGUGAACACCGGGAGUGUGGCCGUCGCUCGGGAGGUGUUCGAGGGGAUGCCUGUGCGGGACGCCACGUCCUGGGGCACUGUGAUCGCCGGCUCUGCCAAGGCGGGGCAGCUGGAGGAAGCGAUGGCACUAUUCGACAGGAUGCUGGAAGAGGGGUUCAGGCCUGACGAUGUAGCCCUGGCCGCGGUGCUUUCAUGCUGUGCGCAGCUAGGGGCGCUGGACAAGGGCCGGGAGGUGCAUGGGCUCGUUAAGCUGAGCAGGCCCCGGCCGAACGUGUUCUUGUGCACGGGGCUUGUCGAUCUCUAUGCCAAGUGUGGGUGUGUUGAGGCUGCUAGGGAGAUGUUUGAAGCAUGCCAGGAUAGGAACGUGUACACAUGGAACGCUCUCAUUGUCGGGCUGGCAAUGUAUGGCCACGGAACGGUGGCGCUGGAGUACUUCCACCGUAUGGUGGCUGAUGGAAUUCGUCCAGAUGGGUCACUUUAUUGGGGGUGCUAAUCGCUUGCAGCCACGCUGGCCUUGUGGACUUGGCAAGGCGCAUCUUCCAUGACAUGGAGAGUGUGCACAAUGUGCCACGGGAGCUGAAACACUAUGGGUGCAUGGCGGACUUGCUUGGUCGGGCUGGACUCAUUGAGGAAGCCAUGAACAUGGUAAGGAAGAUGCCCAUGGAAGGGGACAAUUAUGUAUGGGGAGGUAUUCUUGCUGGAUGUAGAAUGCAUGGGAACGUGGAGGCUGCUGAGCUUGCAGCUCGGCAUUUGUUGCAACUGAACCCAGAUGACAGUGGGGUGUAUUCUGCCAUGGCUGGGAUCUAUGCAGCUGCAGGUAGGUGGGAGGAUGUCGUGAGGAUUAGGAAGUUGAUGGAUGAAAGGAUUGUCAGGAGAAAUGUUGCAUGCAGCUCAAUUACUACAGAGCUCAAAGAUGGUACUAUUAUGCUGAGCUGAUUCAUACAUUGUGCUAUGCCAGUGGACUGAUAAAUCAGAAUUCAGAACACUGAAAAUGGAGAGCAGUUCGGAAAAGAGAACUGGCAAGAAUUGCAAUGACAAGCCUCACAAACAUAGUUGUUAAAAUCACGAUUCUAUCGUGUGGUGUUACAUCUUUACGAUCUUACUUGAUUGGGUUGAUUCUAUUCUGAAAAAAAAAACUACGAUUUUGCAAUUAUAGUAUUCAUGACUCCAUGAUUUAUGAUUAUCGGAGUUCCAAUUCCAUUCAGGAUCAUGAUUUUGACAACCUGCUCACAAAGACUCAAGAUGCAGGCAUACAUUCAUUUAUUCUGCCAAAUGUGAAUCUGAGGAAGCAAGGGUGGAGAGUCAUCUUACAGUGUGACAUAUAACGUGAUGGUUGCUUUCCUUCAUGAAAUACGGAGCCAUGAAAUUUUUGGGAACUGGGUUUUCUUGUCAAAUCAAAUGCUCAUUCUGACACCAGCAAAGGUAGCUCAUAAGUGAACCGAAGAGAGGUGUGGAAAAAUUCAUGGUGCAGUGCAACUAAAUUUCUUUGAUGGCUACUGGACCCAAUGCAAUAUAUUUCGCAGGAAUUCAAUCGGAAAGUUGAACAUAGCUCUGGACAGUGCACAGUUCACAUUUUAUCCCACACAAAAAGUACCAACUGGAGACAAGAAAACAAUAAAGUUUACUUGUUCUACCAUUGAUUUACUUCAGCACAUCUCUACUCCUAUAAAGUACUAGAUUCAACCGUCGUCGUGUAUCGUCUAAUGACGACCUUUACCUCUCAGAUGGGCCAUGAUGGCCCCAACACGACAUGGAGAUCUACGUAGGGCCAUGAUGGACCCAACACGACAUGGAGAUCUACGUAGCACAGCAUUCCCGAAUAGUAUUAUCAUGCUAGCUAAUGAAGGACGAGUGACUGAACGAGUUAUAAAAAAAGAGUGUAUUUUCUUUUCAAAUCAUAUCUUUUUUGGUCUUUUAGGUAAGAUAAAGUACACUAUAUAUGAGCCACAUAUCCACUUUAUUUUUAAAUUUAUUUUUGUAGGGAUGGUCCAUCAUAUUGGCUUGUCAUUAGAGCCUCAUGUGUCGUAUCGUUGUUGUAAUAUACCAUUAAAUAUGAUUGGUGUGCCGUUGUAAUGUAUUGGCAUUGUACUACUGAUUUAUCCAUGCCACAAUUAGUGUCUUCA